AUGAAGCAGGGAUGUCCCUCAAAAUCUUCUUCUCGAUUCUGGCUGGAUCCGUGAUCCUCCUCAGCAUUAACACUUUCAUCAUCAUGCCCGCCAAACACGUUCCCUGGCCCUACCCCGACCACCAUCGACUGGUAACCUGCUGCACUACGAGGACCGAUCAAGACCAGAAGGGUGUCGCUGGACUCCGCAAUGAAGCAUACGUUGAGGAUCCCGCCGAUGAUAUUGGGUGUUCAGAAGAACCACACGGGGACGGAGUAGGGUUGGACUCAGUUACUGAUACCAACGGAAAAGAGCCGGCGAGUCUAAAAGAAGCCCAAAGAAAGUCCAAUGAUGGCAGUUUCGAGGACGAGAAGAGAAGAAAAUAUCCGACAAUUCGCUCAUGUAUAUCAUCCCUGUCAUUCUGGAUGAUACUUCUAUGGCUGGCGAUCCUGCAGCUUCACCUUUACUUCAUAAUUGGUGCAGUCAACUUUUUCCUCACCAGGCUUACCAAUAACGACGAGCGCCUAGGUAAUAAUGUCGACGAGGAGUCUUUCUUUCUAUUUCAAUGAUUUUUUAUGUAUACUAUUCAGUGCACAAAACAUUUUCCAUUGAAGCAUACCAUGAAUCUUAUUAAUAAUUAACGCAUAUAAAUC